UUUAUGUAGUUCCAAGAGAUGGAGUAUGUGAGCCCUGAAGGCCUUCGCUUAGAUGGUCGCCGCCCCAUGGAAAUGAGACAAAUUCGUGCAGAUAUUGGUGUUGUGGCCAAAGCUGACGGUUCUGCUUUGUUUGAGAUGGGUAACACCAAAGUCAUUGCUGCAGUGUAUGGCCCUAGAGAGGUCCAAAAUAGGAGCCAACAAUUGAAUGACAGCGCACUGGUGCGAUGUGAGUACACCAUGGCAAAUUUUAGUACUGGAGAUCGCAUGAGAAAACCAAAGGGGGAUAGGCGAUCAACAGAGAUAUCUUUAGUUAUUCGCCAAACCAUGGAAGCAUGCAUUAUGACACAUUUAAUGCCUCGGUCUCAGGUUCCGCUGUUGCAUCUUGGGGAACUUUUCUUGCAUGAAUGUGUAGUUUGUUCUUUUCUGAGCCUUGUAUCUCUUUUUUUUCAGAUUGAUAUUUUUGUGCAAGUUCUCCAAGCAGAUGGAGGAACUAGAUCUGCAUGCAUUAAUGCUGCAAGCCUGGCCCUUGCAGAUGCUGGAAUUCCAAUGCGUGAUCUUGUUACCUCCUGUAGUGCUGGCUAUCUUAAUAGCACACCUCUGCUUGAUUUAAACUACAUAGAAGAUAGUGCUGGAGGUGCUGAUGUCACUUUAGGCAUUAUGCCAAAGUUGGACAAAGUGACUCUUCUUCAGAUGGAUGCUAAAUUAUCAGUGGAAACUUUUGAAAACGUAAUGCAACUUGCGAUUGAAGGCUGCAAGGCAGUUGCAACUUACAUUCGAGAGGUAUUACUAGAGAAUACAAAGCAAUUGGAGUAUCGCCGAGGCAUCUAGUUCCAAAUUAAGGUUUCUGGCUGUUCAAUGAUGAAGUUUGAGGGUGGCUAUAUUAUGCGGACAGUGUUGAUGGAAGUAAUCUUGGAAUUGAACCCACUGAGUUGAAGUAUCCCCAAGGGGAGAGCUUUGAUUUUGGAUUCUGAGAAUGGCGACUUUUAAGUGGGGCUCGCAGUAAUCUAAAUUGUAUAAACUAUUUUUCCAUCAUGUUAUUAUAUUCUUGUUGUAAAUGAAGAUUUUAAGUAGAAAUUAUAAUCAAAGAAAGAAGGUCCGUUUAUUUUCAGAA